AUGCCCGGCAGAGCGGGCUGGAGGAGGGGAUGGGGAAGCUGCGAUCUUCUCACGCAGUUUUUGCCCAACAAGAUCAGCGGUUUCGCCUGCCCUGCUGGAAACGCGUCCUGCGCUCUCAACUACAGCCCAGAAGUGCCCUGCCCUGAGAGCUGCGGGGCGGCGGGGGAGCCUCGAGCCUUUGGCUCCAGCGCCAACGGGCAGUGGAGGGGCUUGGUUCCCCCUCUGGGCUCCGUGCCGCAGAAGCCGAGGGUGAGCCGAGGCUCCUACCUUGAAGCUCGCAAAACCCCCAGUGGGACGUCCAACAGUUUUGUAGGAAAAUCGAACCACCAUUGCCAUGCGUCGGCUUUUCCGAUCAAACCCGCUCAGAGCCCUUCCUGGAGCGGUCCGUGUCGCCGCAGCCUGCUUAGCCCCAAGAAGACUGCCCGGCGGUUCGUCAGCACGGCGGAAGAGACUGUUCGAGAGGAGGAGCGAGAGAUCUACAGGCAGUUGCUUCAGAUGGUCACAGGAAAACAAUUCUCCACGUCCAAACCCUCUUCGCUAUUCCCCUUCCACCUGUCCAGGUGUUCAAAUUCCAGCAAAACCGUAGUGAAGGAAACUCCCAGCAAGAACUCGAAGCUGUUUGAAGCUCACAGUGUUGCAUCAGCGGAUUCAGCAACCAGCGUCCUCAGAGCGCAGGAGCAGCCCUCGCACAAACCGUCGCUCUACUCCGCGCCCAGCUAUCCCUCCGAUGUCUUUCCGUCCAGUAACUCCACAGCCCAGCAUCAGCAAGAAAACUUACCAGCAUCUAGUACACAGUCUGAAGGGUCGGACUCUGUCAUUUUGCUCAAGGUAAAGGAUUCCAGAACACCAGCACCAAGCCUCCCGUUCUUCCAGGCAGAACUGUGGAUCAAAGAACUGACCAGCGUCUACGAUUCCCGAGCUCGGGAGAGGUGGCGGCAAAUUGAAGAGCAGAAAGCGUUGGCCUUGCAGCUGCAAAGCCAGCGGUUGCAGGAACAGGAACACUCGGUGCAGGAUCUGGUGGACUUAAAUCUUCGGGUGCCCCUUGAGAAGGAGAUCCCUGUCACGGUGGUCCCAGAAGAGAAGGAGGAUGCGAAGUCAGCUGACAGCGAAGAGGAGUUCCCUGAAAUCACCGAGGAAAUGGAAAAGGAAAUAAAGAACGUGUUCCGAGGUGGGAACCAGGACGAGGUCCUCAGUGAAGCUUUUCGGUUAACGAUCACUCGGAAAGACAUUCAGACCCUCAAUAAUCUGAACUGGCUCAACGACGAGAUAAUUAAUUUCUACAUGAAUUUGCUGAUGGAGCGGAGCAAAGAGAAGGGUUUGCCGGCGGUUCAUGCGUUCAAUACUUUCUUCUUUACCAAACUAAAGACAGCGGGGUACCAAGCUGUGAAACGAUGGACUAAAAAAGUGGAUAUCUUCUCUGUGGAUCUCCUCUUGGUGCCUAUUCAUCUGGGAGUGCAUUGGUGCCUGGCAGUUGUAGACUUCAGGAAAAAAACGAUCACCUAUUAUGACUCCAUGGGUGGAAUAAACAGCGAAGCCUGCAGGAUACUGUUGCAAUACUUAAAACAGGAAAGUCUUGACAAGAAAAGGAAAGAGUUUGACGCGAACGGCUGGUCGCUGCUGAUGAAGAGGAGCCAGGAGAUCCCGCAGCAGAUGAACGGCAGCGACUGCGGGAUGUUUGCCUGCAAAUACGCCGACUGCAUUACCAAAGACAAGCCCAUCAACUUCACGCAGGUAAUCCCCGCCCCGGCGUGCCCCUCGCGCUUGGGGAGAGACGUGGCACUUGUUUAG